GUUGAACAGAACUUUUGGAUGACAGGAGGUAUAACUCAAAAGAAACAACUUCAGCGCGAGCUCCCGGGUGUGAUUUCUGACACCCUCCGGGGUCGAGCAGCAGCAUGGAAAAUACACCCCAAAACAAACUCCACUCCUAGAAGACAGUAAAUAACUUCUGGGCAAUCAGUCAUGGAUGGUUCUACGAAUAGCCUAGAUGACGUGUCCGGCAGCAGCGCUGAGUACCCAGACCGUGUGUCCAUGAUGGAGGGGCGUCUGCAGUCGCAGGAAGAUGAGAUCACGCUGCUGAAGUCAUCACUGGCCGACGCYCUACGCAGGCUCCGCCUCCACGACCAGUUGAUCCCCCUGCUUAAACAGCAGAUCAUCGCAGUAAACCCUGCAGCCUCCCGUGUCCUGAACCAGGUUUACUGCUCUGACGGUUUCUCCAGCUCCKGUAAACUGUCCUCCAGCUCAGCCCUGGACAGCCCCCGCCACCCUGCCACCAGAAGUCCAUCAGCUCAACCCUGCCACACCAUGGAAACUAAGAGAGCUCGCAGGAACAGUGAGAAACUGGUGAAGGACCCCCAGGAGAAGACAAAGAAGCUGCUGGACAAAAAGGCGGCAUCCUCGGCCAACCUACUUAACAGAUCCCCCAGUCUGGAGAGCCGGACCAAGGAUCUUAUCGCCAGAGCAGGAUCUCCCGGGUCCAGACGAGGAACCCAAGGUCAAUCAAUCAAGAUGUUCAUCCGUGGUCGACCAAUCACCAUGUAUGUCCCCUCCAACAUCCAGAACUACGAGGACCUYAGGAUGGAGCCACCUGUAGAGAAACUGGAACUCGAUUGGGUUUACGGUUACCGAGGACGGGACUGCCGGGCCAACCUGUACCUGCUGUCGUCGGGUGAGGCGGUGUACUUCAUCGCCUGUGUGGUGGUGUUGUACCACAUCAACAACCGCACACAGCGCCACUACCGCAAACARACCGACUGUGUCCGCUGUCUGACCAUCCAUCCAGACAAGGUACGGGUGGCAUCAGGACAGACGGCGGGGGUGGACAAGGAUGGAAAGCCCCUGCAGCCUUAUGUCCAUAUCUGGGAUUCCUCCACACUGAUCACCCUACAACAGAUAGGACUGGGCACCUUUGAGAGAGGUGUAGGGUCUGUGGCUUUCUCCUUUGCAGACGCUGGAGCCUUCCUCUGUGUGAUUGAUGACUCCAAUGAACACAUGCUGUCUGUGUGGGACUGUGCCAAAGGAACCAAGCACACAGAGGUUAAGAGCACCAACGAGGCAGUGUUUGCAGUGGAGUUCAACCCCAGCGACAGCACCAACAUUAUCACUUGUGGAAAGUCUCACAUCUAUUUCUGGACCCUGAGUGCAGSCUCACUCACCAAGAAACAGGGCAUCUUCGGGAAAUACAAGAAACCCAAGUUCAUCCAGUGCUUCCUGUUUAGCCUGACGGGAGACGUGCUGACCGGGGACUCCGAGGGGAACAUCCUGACAUGGGGCAAAUCACCCGGCGACGUCAAGACACUGGGGAAAGGAGCCAAAGAGACGUUCCAGAUCAUGCGUCAGACYCGGGCCCARGACGGCAGUGUGUUUACGCUGUGUAUGCUGCAGGGGGGCGCUCUCCUCAGCGGCGGGGGCAAAGACCGCAAGAUCAUCCGCUGGAGUGCAGACCUGGCYCCCGAGAGAGAGUGUGAGAUUCCAGAAAAGUUUGGUGCGGUCCGUUGCAUCACAGAUGUAAACGGGGAAGAGGUGUUGGUUGGUACCACCCGAAAUGCCAUCCUGAGGGGCACUUUCUCUGAUGGCUUCGUGGCCAUAGUGCAGGGUCAUGUGGAUGAGAUGUGGGGUUUGGCUACUCACCCCUCUCAGGAUAUCUUCCUCACCUGUGGACAUGACAGACAGGUGUGUGUGUGGAACACAGCGGAGCACAAACUGGACUGGUGCACCACGCUGGAGGAGUAUGGGCUGUGUGCAGACUUCUGUCCUAAUGGGGCCGUGGUGACUGUUGGGCUCAGCACAGGCAGAUGGCUGGUUCUUGACCUGCAGACCAAAGAGGUGAUCUCAGACUACACCGACGGGAAUGAACAGCUGUCCGUCAUGAGAUAUUCACCAGACGGUAGCUUUUUGGCRGUGGGUUCCCAUGACAACUUCAUCUACGUCUACAACGUCACCGAGAGUGGACGGCGCUACUCCCGCUACGGAAAGUGCAAUGGUCACUCCAGCUUCAUCACUCACCUUGAUUGGUCCAAAGAUGGGAAGUACAUUAUGUCCAAUUCGGGCGACUACGAAAUCCUUUACUGGGACGUUGCUGGAGGUUGCAAACUGUUGAGGAACCGCUAUGAGAGCAAAGACCGAGAAUGGGCGUCCUACACCUGCGUACUGGGCUUCCACGUCAUGGGUGUGUGGUUGGAAGGUUCCGACGGUACAGACAUCAACGCCCUCUGUCGCUCCCACAGUGAGAGGGUGGUAGCGGUGGCUGAUGACUUCUGUAAAGUCCACCUCUUCCAGUAUCCCUGCCCAAAACCCAAGGCCCCAAACCACAGUUAUGAGGGCCACGGCAGUCACGUGACCAAUGUGCGCUUCACCCACUGUGACAGUCACUUGCUCUCUAUGGGUGGCAAGGACACCUGUAUCCUCCAGUGGGAGGUCAAGAGAGCAGGAACAGGGGAUGGUGGAGACCGCCUACACUCUGCAUCCUUCGCCAGUUCCCCAGAACCUUAAAGGAGGGAAAGAGACAUUAAGAGAAAAUCAAAUCACAUUUUAUUGGUCACAUGCYCCAAAUACAACAGGUGAAGAAGACCUUACCGUGAAAUGCUUACAWACAAGUCUUUAACCAGUUCUACCUAAAUAGAGUUAAGAAAAUAUUGACUAAAUAAACUAAAGUAAAACAUUAAAAAGCAACACAAUAAAAUAACAAUAACGAGGCUAUAUACAUGGUACCAAGUCAAUGUGUGGGGGUACAGCUUAGUCAAAGUAAUUUGCACAUGUAGGUAMGGGUAAAGACAGAGAGUGAUAGAGAAGCAGAAGGGAGAGACAUUUUUACAGAGUGGGGAGUAACGUAGACAGAGAGGGAACUGGCUGGCCCUUGUAUAUCAUCAGUACAAAAGUUGUAAGGUCAGCCAAGGACCUGUGGUGUAUUGCUUCAUCGGAUUCUUACAGUACAGAAGGCUUUGGAUUCCAUAGGAUUCUCUUUUCAAGCAUGAUGAAGUUUUGUUUUUACAGAUAUUAGACCCACAUGAUGAAAUGGAAACGUUACUACAUCUGGGCACAAUCUACUUCUCAAUUUCAGUUACAUUCCUAGUCUGACAUUUGAAAAAGGUCAAGCUUUCAAAUCAACUGCCUGUUUGACUGCCAUCAUCAACUGACGACAAAGGGAUCAAUUGUUGAGAACAUUCCAAAAUAUCCCAUUUUGUUUACCAUACAAGCGUACCGUAGUGGUGUUUUAUGGUUAUUCUCUUGUCAGAAAAGUAAUAUCAUAUAUAUUUUGCUUUAUUGCUAUCUCUAGGAAUAUUGACCUCUUUUGUGCUUCAAACGUUUGCAUUUUGCUAGACGGUGACAAUCUUUCAAGUGCAUUUACUCAUUAGUUUCAACUGCAAUAUCUCCUGUAUUAGACAAAUUAAUUAAUGUGUACKUUAUUGUAGUACACUUUUGUAUUUGAUAUCUUCUGUGUUUAUUUAAAAGUACUUUUGAAUGUGUCAUCGUUUCCUAUGUCUGUAGAUAUUUCUAUCAAUAAACAAUUACAAAAAAACUA